UCUCAUUCAUACCUUGCUAAUUUAAAUGAACAGCCCGUACAUUUAAAGUUUUAGACCUUGUUUUCGUAUACAGGAAAAGAGGUAUUAGAGAUUUUGAAGGUCUGAAAAAAAAAUCGCUUUGCCAGGUAAUCGGCACGGCAUACAUUUAUCAGUGUUGUCGCGGGGCCGUCUUCUUCCUAUCUAAACUCUCUACAUGGAUUUUAAUAUUUAAAUAGGACAAGCUGAAUGUGACGGUUGGCAGUGGACUUUUCUUCUAUCUUGGUUAUCGUGGACCAAUUGACACACUUACACAGGAAACCCUCAAUGAUGUAACAGGUGGAGAAUAUUAGGAUCUUUUGUUUUAACGGACUUUCAUUGUUUUAAAAACUGGACAGUAAAACGACCAUGCCGUGAAAAAGAGACAUGGGACCAAAACAGCAAAUCUUGGUGUUCUUAAUUAACCUGUGGUUGUGUGUUAUUGCUAAUAAGGUUGUGCUACCAAACUUUCAACAACUUCGCGCCAGUUACCCGGGUUACAAACACCAUGGCGGCAAAUUCAGGAACCACCAUCUUGUCCAGGUGAUCGGCUGUCGCUCAGACAAACUCCUGCACGAUACGAGUGCCCUCCGACUGUCCUACGCCCUAAAUAAGAUCGGCGGGGUUCACUCCCUCGGGAAAACCCUCAUCAGACUGUCAAAGUUUGGAGAGGACAGCGUGGUCGGUAGAGAUGGCCUCCAGUAUAUCUACCACCCUAUAGCCUAUGGCCCUUUCCUUGCCGAUAAGUAUGGGUACCCUAGCGUCUCCAAACUGCAUCAAAUGGACCCUGUCCACACCAAGAAAAACUUCUGGGGAAAACAGGGCAUUCUCAGAGUGAUUACCUAUACACAGCAUUCUAAUCUGCCUGUUGGACAUGUUGCAUUGUGGGAUUGUAAUAAAUUCUUCCAAUCAAAAGACUGGAUUGCAAUGCAUUCAUUAAUUACUGUGGAAUUCUGGGAAUCACCAGAUUCCAACUGCAGUGGUUCAUUGGAGCCACCAACAAUAACUGUAAACCACCAUAAGCACCAUAGACACAACCAGUCUCAUCAACCAAUGAAAACCAUCCAUUCAAAAGCCUCUGAGAUAUCCAGCCAAUCGGAAGCAAAAGUGGGCAGCCAAUCAAAAACAAUAUCCCAAACUGCCCUACAGUUGAAAAAUCCCAGUUCUGUUCUUCAUUUAAACAAUAAAGACACACAGAAACAGACAACUGAUCAGUUGUUACAUAACCCUUCAUACAGAAGAAAGUUUCUGAAAAAGUAUUUUCUCAGUAAUGGACAUUUACGUCAUGCCAAACACAGAGGACUUGUUUUAAAAGAAAAGGGAAAGCUCAAGUAACAAAAUGUCCAUCCAACAUGACUGUAAUGGUGCUACUCUCUAGUCAUCAACCUUUUAACCAGGACAGUGUCUAGCCAAGCUCCCCUUUAUAAAGUCUAAUUCAUAAACAGACUCAAGGGUAAUCUAAUGCAGCUAUCUCUGACUUAAAUGUCAACAUCAUCACUGGAAUAGAUGAAAGCUUAACAUAAUAUCGGAUUGAAAUCAUUUACCAUGAACUCAUGUUCCUUCAUUCAAUCCUAAGGCAUUUUAUUAAAAUCAUCAAUAGAAACUCCUUAGUGUAGAUAAUGUACUUGAAUUGCAUUUUCUUAUGUUUGAUUUUGUUAUUAUGGACAUAUUGUUCUAAGUUAUGUGAUGACUGGUGACAAUUAAUUCUUUUGUUUUAAUUCAGUAUCUAGCAUUAACUGGCUAGUCAAGUGUUGUCUGGGAAGCUGUGAAUGUUUUGAAUUAAGGAAUAAUUCAUAAUUUUUACUCUUAGUCCUUUUUCUUAUCAUUAUGAUGGUCUUAUUUCUUCUUUUUCUUUUAUUAUAUUAGUAUUUAUGCACUUGUUAAUUGCAUUUAAAUCAUCAUCAGUUUAAUGAUGAGACAGUGUAUAUUUUUCGUGAUUUUUUUUAUAAUUACAUAGUGCUUUGUAAUCUCUGUAAUUCAUGAUACAUCAAGUAUUGAGGACAGUAUGGCAUCUGUAUGUACAUGUAUUUGAAACUGGAAAUAUCAAAAUUGCCUCUUGAUUCUAAAAGUUUAAAUGCAUUCCUUUCCAUCAGUUCUUUAAUUAUACUUUUUGUCAUAUUUUUGUCUGGUAAAAAAAAAACUUUAAAGGCAAAAAAAGUUGGAAUGUGUCAAAAUGUGAAGGGAAAAAAUAAUGUGAGAAAUAGAGUAUUAAUGUUGUAUAAUCCUCUCUCAGUUUACAAAUGGACUUUUAGCUACAUUUCUCAGUUGUUAUAUCAUGCACAAACUAGACUCUUCUCCGAAUUCAUUGUAUGGCAAAUAACCGUAUCAUUGACACUAUGCAUAUAAGCUCAUUAAAAAAAAGAAUAUAUUUGAUUACAUUAUCAUUGCUUGCUCUGAACAGAGUCCUGUGACAAUUUUAUUGGCCAGUAAUACAAUCCUAAUUCUGAUUUAGAUAAAAUGUUUCCAUUGUGAUACAUUAUAAUCUGUACUGGGUGCCAUUGCGUAAUUAAAAUAAUGAUUGAUAGGAAAUGCGAUAAAUUGAAAAAGAAGUGACUUAAUGCUAGGGAGCCAAAGUCUUUACCACUAACAACACCUGCCUGGAUUAUGCAAACUGCAUUUAGACUGCAUUCCAAUAUUUUUAUGCAAAUGUCUUGUCAAUCCACUUCUUUACCUUUCAAAAUGUCUGCUCACUAGAGCAGAAAUAUUUAAUGAUGUAAUGCUUUGAAAAGACUAGCACAUUUUUUGUAGUGUCUGAACAUUUUAAUGGACUAUUUUUUCAGCAGAUUUUUUUUUCAAAACAAGAAAAUCAGAGGGCAUUAUUUUUUUUUUUUCUCUAUGUCCCUUAACAUUCAAGGUGAUUUUGAAUGAGAGUUCUUGUGCAUUUAGAGUGAGAGGGAUUUAAGCCUUUUUUUUUCGUUUACCAAGGAAAUAAGCUCUUCAAAGAGUAGAUGUGGAUUAUAACUACAUUAAACUUUUGUUAUGCUUUUAUGUUGUGAUUUGAGUAUAAAUAAAGAAUUAUGAAAGAUGAA